AUGGUCUUCGCGCUAGUGCUUGCUGCCUGUCUCUGCUGCCUACGUCCCUCGUGGGGAUUUUCAAGCGAUCAACCAGAACCCACUCCUCGCUAUACGCCAGAACAACUGCGAAAUGUUACCUCAGUUCGGGAGCAGAUUAUGGAUCACUUGUUUAAAAAUUACCAGAACCACGAACGACCGGGGGCGACUGCGAAAGAGACAACAGAAGUAACAGUUUACAUAACGAUGACGGCUAUAACCUCAGUCGAUGUUCGCAUGAUGGAAUACACCGCAGACCUGCUGCUACGUCAAGAGUGGCAAGACCCUCGCCUGGCUUGGAUCAACAUUCCUAAAUUCAAGAAUUACACCAAAAACCUCGUCUCGCCGGAACUGAAGCAGAAACUCUGGCUUCCCGAUCUGUUCUUUCGCAACGGCAAGGAGGGUAGACUGCACAAAAUGACCUGCCCCAAUUAUCUUACGCGCAUAGACCCUAGCGGAAUGAUUCUUUACAGCCAAAAGCUGACCAUGCGUUUCUCCUGCCAAAUGGAACUUCAGACUUUCCCAAUGGACAGCCAAGAGUGUCUGAUGAAUAUUGGCAGCUAUGGCUACGAACUGAGCGAGUUAAAAUUCGUCUGGCGCAAUCACACUCCAGUAGAUCUCACCAAGAAGAUGCAGAUAUCUGAAUUCAAUAGUCCGGAAGAGGUGAUAGCUUACGAUUGUAGUCAAGCCUCCACCACAUCAACCGGUGAAUAUACUUGCCUGGAGGCCAAAUUUAUACUAUCUCGUCAGUUGGGAUCUUGGCUAUCCAGCAUCUACAUUCCCAACUUUCUAAUCAUUGUGGCCUCUUGGCACAGCUUUUGGGUCGACCUUGAUGCAAAGCCGGCCAGAGUUACUCUUGGGUUGCUGACUCUCUUGAGCAUCCUGACCCAGGCAUCAGGUGUGUCCUCCAGUUUGCCUCGCGUCUCCUACAUAAAGGCCAUUGACGUGUGGAACAUUGCCUGCAUCAUCUUCAACCAAAUCUUCUACCAGCGGGGCCCAUCUGCCUCUGGAGUCUACUUCACCUCGGCUGGAUUUGCUGACGCCAGCCCCAGCAGGUUCAUUGACUCGGCCAAGGCAACUGCGCUGGCCAUGAAGCGUGGGAAGCUGGAGUUCUGUGAGGAAAUGGAACGUCUCCUCAUCGAGGCUUUCCCCACAGAGGAAGAGGACGCUUUCCCGGUGCCGCGUAGUCAGGAUCUGCCCACAAAGAAACCCAAGAGGAUUUCUGAAAUAGACGGCUACAGUCGUUUUCUCUUCCCCGCCUGCUUCCUGCUCUACAACUGUUUUUACUGGCUUUAUUACUUGGUACUGGUGAACGAGAUGUGA